CUUUUGGGGUUUGGUGAAUUCAGCUUGGAAUCUUUGCUCCGUUGGAAAACGGCAAUCACCGGUCAAUAUAGAAACCAGCCAUAUGAUCUUUGACCCCUUCCUUACCCCACUUCGGAUAAACACAGGGGGUAGAAAGGUCAGUGGAACAAUGUAUAAUACAGGGAGGCAUGUUUCUCUACGCCUGGAUAAAGAACAUCUGGUGAAUAUCUCCGGAGGGCCCAUGACAUACAGUCACCGACUAGAAGAAAUACGGUUACACUUUGGCAGUGAAGACAGCCAGGGGUCAGAACAUCUGUUGAAUGGACAAGCUUUUUCUGGGGAGGUUCAACUAAUCCACUAUAACCAUGAGUUAUAUACAAAUGUCACAGAAGCUGCAAAAAGUCCCAAUGGCUUGGUGGUAGUUUCUAUAUUUAUGAAAGUUUCUGAAUCAUCAAAUCCAUUUUUAAAUCGUAUGCUUAACAGAGACACCAUAACAAGAAUAACGUAUAAAAAUGAUGCAUACUUACUGCAGGGACUUAAUAUUGAAGAACUUUAUCCUGAAACCUCUAGUUUCAUUACAUAUGAUGGGUCCAUGACAAUUCCACCCUGCUAUGAAACAGCAAGUUGGAUAUUAAUGAACAAACCUGUCUACAUAUCAAGAAUGCAGAUGCAUUCUUUACGGUUACUAAGCCAGAAUCAGCCUUCACAGAUUUUUCUGAGUAUGAGUGAUAACUUCAGACCAGUCCAGCCUCUCAACAAUCGAUGUAUCCGAACAAACAUCAACUUUAGUUUACAAGGGAAAGAUUGCCCGAACAAUAGAGCACAGAAACUACAGUAUAGAGUAAAUGAAUGGCUCCUGAAGUAAUUAAGACACUAAACCGGAAGAAGUUUUCACCUCAACGGAAUGCUACUACUGUGAAUUGAUAUACUACAGAAUGCCCCAGCCCCAUUCAGUCCUCGGUCUUUGUACUUCAUGGAGCCACAUUUGAGAGAAAAGGAUGCCAAGUUGGAAAUUCAGCUCAAUGAAAUGUAUUCAUAUGAUCAGUCAUAAGAAAAAAAAAAGACAAUAUCUGCCAUUCCCAUGAUUACAAUUUUGAUACUGUUUUCCUGAAACUACUAUCGCCCAUAACGAAAAGACUGUUCAGACUUUGUAUAUAUGAACUUCUUCCUCUGUUCCUCUUCUCCCUUCUUCUCUUUCCCAUCAUAACUCCAUUAAAAAGGUGGUUUGCUGCUGCCAUCCAAGUGGAUUUGUGUUCUGUGUGCCAAGUAAUCCUUGGAAAGCUGUCAUAUCACCCUCAUUAUUGGUUACUGGCGAAGCAGAACUAGGGAGAUAGUAAGGGAGAUUUGUUUCUGGAUCAUAGUCUUUCCAUUUGCUUAAUAAUGGACAGAUGCCAAGAUAAGUAUUGUAAAUAGAUCACUGAAGAAUAUAAAGGAAAUUGAAAUAUUUUCCCCCUCAUCACAUACCUGUAGUAGGAACUGCCAAGACUGGAAUUAAUCCAUUUUUCUGUUUC